GGAAAAACUCACCUUCCAGAUCUCGUCCCCGUCCGCCGGCAAUCACCGGAGAUUAUUUAUUUCUGAGUAUUUUCUUUCUUUCUUUUUCCCCUGACGACGACGAUGGCGUGUAUCAAUCUUCAUCCCGGAAUCGCGACCAAUUCUCAUCCACUCUUUCGUGGUAAUCAAGCUACGUUUCGACCUAGACUCGACCCGGUUCGCAUAAGCCCGGUAUCCAGGAAGGAUCGAAUCCAACAGCAGCGGGUUUAUGCGUCCUGCUCCCCGCCGUGCGACUGCCGCGUCGAUUCGCCGGACCGGUUCGGCCAAGUCGCCGUUCAGGGAGAGGCAGGGGAGGAGGGGAACAAGAUCGCGGCGGAGAAACUGGACAGGUGGAUGCGGGGAUCGGUGGCGGAGAUCGUGAAGAACUUGAACAGAGCGCCGCUGUUAGUCCACCUGUACUCGGAGGAGGACGGCCGCGGCGGGGAGAAGGCGGAGAUAAGAACGGAGAGGGCCGUCGUGGAGGGGUGGCCGGCGGUGAAGGGAGAAUGGGAGCGCGGCGAGAGGCCAUCCCCGGACGGACUUAUAUUUGUGGAAGAAGUCCGAUCCGGCGAAGAAGUGGAAGUCGUAGAAGAAGAAGAAAGGUGUAAUGGCGGAAACGCUGGAGAAUGGGGUGGGGCGAACCGGGCGUGGGGGGUGGUGGUGCAGGGGAGAGGUGCAGAGUGUGGGCCGGCUUGUUAUCUGUUGAAGACGAGCAGCGUCGGGGCGGGGAUGGGGAUGGGAUCGUUCAGCUGCACCCAUUUUUGCCUGGUGAGAGUGAAGAGUUUCAGAGAGAGUGCUUUUCUCCAGUUCAAGAAUUGCUGGUUGCUCCAAUGAUCUUCUUCAAUUCACACACAUGAUUUGAUUUUACAUUCUUUUGUGAAUUUGCUGGACAGUUUGGGAAAUUGGUCGCCCACCAUUGAUGAUUCAACAUGUACAGAAGAUAUGGGAGUAGAGAAUCCAUCAUUCCAUCUUGUUUGUGUUGUAUUUUUACAUUGUUGUGUUGCUCAUCACCUGAGAAAAUAUUUAACCCAAAUCCUACCCAUUGUUUUGCCCCCUUGCUCGGUAAGAGCAUUUUCAAUUAGUGUUAAACCAUUUGAUCUUGAUUGGAAAGAAUAUUUUUAAUUAGCAAAUGAUAUUUUGGAUAAAAUUUUAAUGUUUAA